CAGGGGCAUUGCAGCAUUGGAAGCUGAAAACAAGGUUUCUGUUGGUAGAUUUAGAUAAGAAUUCACCAACAGAAAUCUCUGGUGGCUUCCAGUGUGUUUUAAACUACUGAUCUUUGGACUGUCAGUUAAAAUAGGACUUUUUCAAAUAGACUUCUAAUUAUGACUUGAAACUCAGUGAUAAUCUUGGGGUCAAAUCAGAGUAAUACACCUAUAAAAGAUGUAUCUAAUUGUGGACAGAGUUCAGAGAUUAAACAACUUUUUGUGUCUGUCCAGGGGUUCAGCACUCCUUGUGUUUACAUGGAAGUGCUCACAGACCAUGUUUUAAAUGCUUAAUUCAUGACUGAGCACUUUGAGAUACUGUGUCGAUUGAACAGAUUGUCAGGAAAAGGAGAUCCCCUUGGUACAAUCACACAGCCUAGAGGGUUGUUAGGACAGAUGAUGGGAAGAAAUCUGCCCACUAGCAUGACAAACUCAUUUAGAGGUUGUGCUGUCUCAGGCUAGAUACAAAAGUGAGGGAGGGUUCCUGUUGCGCAGAAGGCUAGAUUUCCACUUACCAGUAGAAUAUGGUGAGCUGCUUUGGGCAGUGCAGAAGGUGAGUUUACCAUGAGAGGAAACUGCUGACCAUUGAAAACUUUCUGCCCUCUCUCACAGCAGUUCAGAUGGAUGCACAGAAUACCAGAGUUUCCAAAUCAAUUAAGGCUUAGGAAUAGCCGUCAUGUUUUCUUUUUCUCUCUGAUUUCGCAAUGCAUUAUUUAGAGCUUCGAUUUAAUAAAUACCUGCGCCUCUGUGGAACGGUCCUCUUCAUUAUACAAACGACUUUAUACACUGGUAUUGUCAUUUAUGCUCCAGCGUUAGCACUGAAUCAAGUCACUGGCUUCGACUUGUGGGGUGCAGUGGUGGCAACCGGUGUGGUCUGCACUUUCUAUUGCACACUGGGCGGUCUGAAGGCAGUGGUGUGGACAGAUGUUUUCCAGGUUGGAGUCAUGGUAGCUGGAUUUUCAGCUGUCAUUAUACGAGCUGUGGUGGUUCAGGAGGGAAUUGGACGCAUUGUAAACGACUCCUACUACGGAGGAAGAUUAAACUUCUGGGACUUUGAUCCCAAUCCUUUGCAAAGGCACACCUUCUGGACAAUUAUAGUAGGUGGGACUUUCACAUGGACUGGCAUAUAUGGAGUCAACCAGUCUCAAGUACAGAGAUACAUUGCGUGCAAAAGCAGGUUCCAUGCAAAAUUGUCCCUCUAUAUCAACCUGGUAGGCCUCUGGGCGAUACUGGCCUGCGCAGUGCUGUGUGGCCUGGCCCUCUACUCCAUCUACAAGGACUGCGAUCCAUGGACAUCAAAGCAGGUGUCAGCAGUUGACCAGCUAAUGCCAUACCUAGUGCUGGAUAUUCUCCACAAUUUUCCAGGAGUGCCAGGGCUUUUUGUGGCUAGUGCCUACAGUGGGACAUUAAGUACAGUGUCCUCCAGCAUCAAUGCUUUGGCUGCCGUGACUGUUGAAGACCUCAUUAGGCCGUACUUCAGAUCACUCUCUGAAAAGAAGCUGUCGUGGAUUUCCAUGGGGAUGAGCCUGUUUUAUGGUGGAGUCUGCAUUGCUAUGGCUGCAGUGGCAUCUCUCCUGGGAGCCUUGUUGCAGGCAGCACUCAGCAUUUUUGGCAUGGUUGGUGGCCCCCUUUUAGGACUGUUUGCCUUGGGAAUCCUCUGCUCCUUUGCAAAUGGAAUUGGUGCAUUUGUGGGUCUUGUCAGUGGCUUUGUUAUUUCACUUUGGGUUGGAAUCGGAUCUCAGAUUUAUCCUCCACUUCCAGAGAGGACCAAGCCUCUAUCUCUCUCAACUAUAGGCUGUAAUAUAUCCUCAGGAAAUUUGACGGCAACAGAAAACCCAUUAACAACAAUCUUCAAUACACCAAGUGCAGAGAGGCCUGUCCUGGCAGACAACUGGUAUUCCUUGUCUUAUCUUUACUUCAGCACACUUGGGACACUUAUCACAGUAGCUGUGGGAAUAAUUAUCAGCCUCCUAACAGGAGGACUUAAGCAGAACACAGAUCGUAAAUUCCUGCUGACCAAGGAAGAUUUCCUGUCCAACUUCUCAUGGUCUAAAUCUGAAACACCACAGAAAGUGGAAGUGUUGAACUGGAAACCAUUUACCAUGGCAGCUGAAGGAACUGACAACCCUGCUUUCAGCCACAUUGAAAUGGACGUUGCAAGCAAUAAGAACAAAGUCAAUGGCCUUCAUAUAUGACGUGGGGCCAUGUCAGCCCUCCAGGACAGUUUUGUUCAUGUAAGGCACUAUUGACAGUCCUGUGCCAGGUCAGUUACCAGCCCUGCAGGGGUAAUGGGCAGCCGUCUGCUGAGCUUUGUUGCACUGUCACCCUUGCAUGCCCUUGAUAUUAGUCAAGAAAGGAAUCAGGUCUUUCUUGCACAUCCUCACCCUCUCUUUCUCACUCUGGAUCUUGGUGACAGGGCUGAAGGCAAUGUUUAUAUGUGAAGUAUUUACCUGAUACUCUUGAGCUUCCUGGAAAAUAUCUGCAUUUUAUCUCAGUUCACUCUCAGAGUAAUUUUUUUAUUUGGUAAGAGCACUGUUCCCCCAGA